AUGAACAACAUUGGCAAUUUUAGCACUUCGACAGGGGGACCGAGACCAGGCGCUAUUAGUGGAGCGGCGCCGUACUUCUCAAGUGUAAACAUGCCAGGAAAAAUGCUCGCUGGCGGAAGGCCUGGGUCGGUUCUAGGGGGCCAGUUUCGCGGGCAACGGUACGACUUUGGUCCGCCCUCGAGUGGAGACGGCAGCAGCCUCGAGCUGCGCAAACCGCCUGGAGCCAGGAGUAACUUCAACCGUGCCACACUACUUGAUGGCCGUUUCCGUUGGUUGAACGAUCAGGCGCCCCAGCGAUGGGGAAUGACUGAAGAAGGGAGUGUUUUUUGGAUGGCCCCGAGCGCAGGUCGGGACUACUGGCGCUGCCUGUUCUGGCGCGAUGGCGGGAACGGCUACGACGCGGUCCACGCUUUCACGAGUCACAAAACAGACGGUGAGGCCUAUUUGCUGGCUCUGCAGGACGCUUGUCCGCUCGAAGACUUGGAAUACCUCUAUGGUUUGAACCAGGGCCUUGAUAUUGCGGGCUCUGAAGAGCCGCAGGCUGAGCGCGAGCCGAGAGCGGCGUACCGCGUGAAAAUUCUCACGAUUGAGGCUACAAUUGAAGUCACGUCAGUGAAGAAAAGCACUCGCGCAAAGAAAAUGCAAGAUGCACUGCGGAAGAGACCCACAAACCUCCUGGACGGCGCCACAGGCGCGUUUCAUCGCCAUAGUCCGCAACUUCCCUUUCAGCUGUUGCGCCGCGGCGACAGCCUCACCGGAGGCGCAUUGGAAAUCGACACGCCGGACAAGGCCAAGGGAAGGUUGGCCUACACUAGUGGGGCGUUCAACCUCGAAUCCCCAGCCGGAAUGCACCAAUCAUCUCCGUUGCUCGACCUCGCGGGCCAAGCAUUCGUUGGGGGUUACAACGUCGACGUUGCAACUGGCACGACUUCAACUGACGCUACUUUGUAUCCCGGCCAUCUUAGUGUUAGUGGUUUCAUUCAAGAAGCAGGUCCGCUUGUAGACUUUCAGCCUGCUCUGUCGAGCGUCAGCCAACAUCACGACAAGGGAAUUGUUGACCCGGUAGCGUCCAUGAUGUCUUUAGACAGUGGAGGAGUUGGGGCCGUUCCUCUGAUGGGAUCGACCUUCAGCGGAAGCGCACUGCCGCGGGGCGAUUCUCAGAGCACGCAGGGCGGGAAAGGUACCACGCGUACAAGCGUGGCUCGCACACCGGUCAUGGCUCGAUCUAAAUCUUCAGGCGGUGUUGGAAACCACCCUCGCGGAGGCAAUACGGUCGGAGGUUUCACCGAUCUAGGCCCUCGCACGGAAAGCACAUCUGACGGCGGGGUGCUCUUGGCCGAGCUCCGGAGCAUGUCCGUGUCAAAUGCAGCUCCUCGACGGCAGUCCAUCCUAUCGCUUUCGAGCAAGGGCAAGAGUGGUUUAAACGUUCUUCCGGCGGUCGCAACAGGUAGUCCUCCGCCGGCAGCUGCGGUUUUCAUGAUGGACGGAAACAAUCCUCAAGGCGACGCUGUGGUUGCAGCAGACGCUUUGACUGAAGAUACUUCUGAGGCGAGGGCGUCUGCUGCUAUGGCCUCACCAGCGAUUAGUGGCCCAGCGGAUACACCUACGAGUACGUCGAACAGCGCAACUCUGUCCUUUGCGGAAGGAGGUAAUGGAAACGUAGCAGGUGGGCAGAAUGUUCCAGGUUCAUCAUCCACGCAGAAGCAAAAGCAGACAGAAACAGAAGCUGGGGCAAACCAAUCUGACGAUGUAACUCGUCAGGCGGGUGAAGGUGGGUAUAUGUGCGAUAAUCCUGAG